AUGGACAUGAUGACCCCAGGCGUUCCUUCGCUCUCCGCCACUACGGCGUCUGGAUCAGAUAACCAUUCCAAUCUCAGUUCAACCUUCGCCGCAACUUCAUCCUCCUCUUUGACCUCCAUGACCGACUAUUCCACCUUCCCACUAGGUCGUCAGGGUGACCGCACGUACUUCCGAGACCCCGAAAACUUAUACCCUCUUCCUAGCGACAUCGCCGAAAUCCACCGCCAAAGCUUGCGCACGAUGAUGUUACUGCGCGUCUUCGGCGGGCCAUUUUGUAACCCCCACAUUUCAAAUCACCCGCCGAAGCGCGUCUUGGAGCUCGCAUGCGGAUCCGGUUUGUGGUCCGGUUUGUGCCACGAGUACUUUGUUCGGCGCGGCCAGCCGAACGUGGCCUUUGUUGGCCUCGACAUGGUUUCCCUGGCCCCGGAUCUUCGGAAACAGGGAAUGAACUGGCAAUUUAAACGACACGAUCUCCGCCGCCCCCACCUUCCUUUCCCUGACGAUUAUUUCGAUCUCGUUUUCAUUAAAGAUGCCGGAAUGACUCCCCAGAGCCCCGCGCAACAAGCUUCCGGGCUGACAGAAUACCUGAGAGUGUUAAAGUCUGGUGGUGUCUUGGAAAUUUGGGACUCAGACUCGGUAUUUCGCUCGUUGCUCCCCAAUCCAGCUCCAGCCCGGAAAGUUUCCACGAAAGAUCAGGAGAUCGCCAACUCGACUGCUACCUACACAUUUUCCGCCGCCACUCCCUUCACAGCGGCCCAGAAUAAAUUUCUCAUCGAUUAUAAUUCGUGGGUCGAGAAAUCUUUCGACAGGCGCAAACUCACUGUUUUGCCAUGCGCCACCAUCGGCCUUGCCUUUCAAAGCGAAAUCGAUAUCAUGGAGAAUGUCGACAGUCGUCGAAUCGCAAUUCCACUGGGGGAUAUGCGAUGGGAGCGGGAGGGUCAAGGAGGGAAAGAUUCCACAGGCUCCCGCAAAACAUUGACCCCCGAACAAGCAUCUAUACGGCAAACUGCCCUCCUCACAGUGAUCAAGAUGAUCGAGGGUAUGGAGCCUCUGCUCAUGGAAGCUAGUGGGAAAAGUCGCGAUGAGUGGGACAGAUGGUGGGUCGCGAUGACCACAGAUCUUUUCCAGAAGGGAGUAUUUGCCAGCGGCGAGUGUCUCGAGGUCAGUGCUUGGUGGGGACAAAAGAGAUGA